UGUACUUUGUAGCCGACUAUAUAAGUGCGCUGCAAGCUCGAGAUAUGCAGACAUGACUUUUCCCACAGCUCACCACCCCAUCUCUGCAUCCUCCGCUCCAACCACCGCCUCGCCCAGAUCUCCCCAGAACCAUCGACUCAACCCCCCCUUUAGCUGAAUAAUGUCCAAGCCCACGGCCAACCCAGCCCUUGAGGCCAUCCGAAAGACCCUCAGGGAGGCGCUCGACACAAACGUCACCAAGACCGUCCACUCGGCCGCCUACCCCGCCAUCUCGCCCCUGCGCGAGGAGCUAAGCCAGGCCGGCAAGACGGUCCUGAUCACCGGCGGCGGCACGGGCGUCGGCCUGGCCAUGGGCAUGGCGUUUGUGGCCGCCAAGGCCGCUCGUGUCGUCAUCGCCGGCCGCCGCGACGGCGUGCUCGCCUCGGCCCGCGAGACCCUCCAGCGGGAAGCUGCGAGGCUGUCGUCUCCUACCGUCAUCGUCGCCAAGCGCUGCGACGUGGCGGCCGAGGACGAGGUGGACGCGCUUUGGUCCGACCCGGACGUCGGGCCGGUCCACGUGCUCAUCCUCAAUGCGGCGAGGUUCCAAGUGACCCCCGGGUCCAUAAUCAAGCUUGGAUACAAGGACGUCUGGGCCAGCUACGUGGCCAACGUCAAAGGUCCGCUCCAAUUUACCCAGAGAUUCUCGGAACAGGCCUCGCCGGAAGGGAAGCCUUUCCCAAAGGUCCUAAUCAACGUCUCGACCGCCGCCAUCAACAUGGUCGAAAAGACAAACGACUCCUUCAUCUCGAGCCUGCCGUCCUACGGCCUGACCAAGCACGCCGGCACCAUGGCCCUACAGGUGGCGGCCGAGGACCUGGACCCGGACGAGCUGCGCGUCGUGAGCUUCCACCCGGGCGUGCUGCACAGCGAGGUCUGGCGCGACACCUACGACAUGGGGCCCGACGACACGCCCUUUGACAGCUUCGACCUCCCGGGCUCCUUUGCCGUGUGGCUCGCCUCGCCCGCGGCCCGCUUCCUGCACGGGCGCUUCGUGUGGGCGUCGUGGGACGUCGAGGAGCUCGUGGCGGGCGCGGUCGGCAGGCGGCUGCGGGAGGACCACGACUUUUUGAGGCUGGGUGUGCUCGGAGGGAUGAAGGGGAACAAGCUGGCCAUUUGAAUGGGGUUAAGGCAGUGAUGUGAUGUUUUGUCCCGUUUCGUCGAUAAGAUGGGACACCGCAUCGCGUGCAGGACCAGGUUGUGUUUGUUUGAUGGACAGGACCUGGAUUUGGCAAAGUGUGUCCACGUCAUUUUCAUGGCAGAUUCCCGAAAUGGAAGUUUGCUGGGGGACGCGGAUGUAAAAAUAAAACACAGCCAGGGGACGUCCAAGCUCGAGUACCAUCUGCAAGGGUAAUAAAGAGGAAAAACCCACCCAGUAACAGGUGGGUAACAGGGGGGUUGAAACUGGAGAUCGCAGGGGUCGUGGUGACUUGGGGGGAUGUCACGAGACUUUAAGAAUUUCUCGUCCUUUGAAAGCUUUUCCUCAACAAUGGCAGUGACUUUAUGCCAGCACGUGACCCCCCUUUCGCUACCCCUGUGAUCUCCAGUUUUAACCCC